GUAAGGCGCUGAUAGUAUACGAACCGUCAUACAUCAGGACGUGCAAGUGGGCACCGGGUGUGCUACCAUUCACAAAUACUACUUAUGAGUACGGCUGUAACUUCAUUGGUUACCACACAAGCACUGCCUAUGGCAUCUACGGGCUGUGCUCGGUGGGUCUGCUGCUGUGUGUGUGCACGUCCAUUGCACUACACUGCCGCAGAGGCCAUUCUGCUGUACGAGGCGGCAGUUACUUGUUCUGCCAGAUCAUCCUGUCUGGUGUGAUCAUAGCCUUCAUCGGAGCCACAAUGUUUGUAGGACCCAAUAGCCCGCCCAAAAUGUCGCUGCAGAUAGUUCUGAUCUGCCUCGCCAUCAAUCUGAUCAUGGCAGCGCUGAUAGUCAAACUGUACCGUGUGUGGAAGAUCUUCGUUUCCAACAACGAUCUUAAACGGUCGCUCAAGCUCAGAGAUAGGGAUCUGAUGAUUCCCUUCAUCGGCUUCAUGGCCAUUGCUAUAGUCAUUCUCCUGGCCACGUGUUUCAUGGGCCAGGGCUAUUCGAACGAAUCUAUGACGCAAACAACACUCACGCUAGAAUCGCCCCAGUCCGGCACUUUCAUCCUAUCGGGCGUUAUGGUAGAGUCUAUCGAUGUAAACAUUGCGAACAUCCUCCCUGUGGCUUUGUGGGCGGUCGCUCUACUCUUCAUCGCAAUGGUCAUGUCAUUCCUGGUUCGUGGAGUUCCGAGCGAGUACAACGAAACGAGCUUCAUGCUGGCGGUUAUCUACCAGAUCCUGUUUGUUACAUCCGUGAUGUGCCCCAUCAUGAUCUUCAUGCUGGUCGAAGGCAACACCAACGCGUUCAUCUUCUCGGCGUGUGGCGUGGUGUUUAUCUCGGGUUGUUUCAUCACGAUUGUCCUGUUCUUCCCGAAGCUGUUCGCCACCAGCAAACGGCUCAGUUACUUCUUUCAUACAGCUAAAGACUACCCCGUAUGCCAAGACGAAGGCACCUACCAACCCCGAACCACCUACUCCAGUCAACGUAGCCGGCCGAUGGGGUCCGCGCCUAAUAUCCUGCGUGCAGAUAGCAUGCAGACCUACAGUUCGUCUUUCCGCGGUGUCACACGCGACAGUGUAGUUGGCGGAAGCCCAACGGAAGGCCAAGGGCGCGGCAAUACACUCAUGCACGCGCAGUCGCUGGGGUCCGUUGCAGCGGGGUAUAGGCGCCAGAGCUUGCUCGGCAACCCAGCCAGUACGAGUAAGAACAAGAGUGCCUGGGCGGUGCUUAAGCACGAGAGGGGCCAGAGAGGCGAGGGCAGCAGUGGGCUAAGGAGGAGUAUGGAUACGGUGCCCAGGACGGGAGAGCGAGAUACGUGUGUGGAUAGUAGCACGCUGGAAAGCGAGUUUGAACUGGUGCAUGUCGGAGAUAUGACGGACACCCACACCCACAUGGAUAAGCGACGGCACCUCCACGACAAGACUUGUACUGGUAGAGAUAGUAGCACAGACGCAGACGACGACUUUGAGAGCGCACCCCUGAUGGCUAUGCCGUUGUGUGCGGGGUGUGGGGCCGAUACCACGUGUGCGUGCAGCGUGUCGAGAUGCGCCUGCCCACCGGACAAGCACUGUAAGGUCAACGAACUAUGCUUUCGUAUAAAGAAGGUACGAGCCAAUCUGACGCAGGCGCGACGGAGGUGUGUGUCAAGUCGCGUGGUCGAGCACGGGGACGGUGCUAGAGAGGCGGUCGGUGGGGGCGGUGAUACUAUGGGCACGAGAAAGGCGGAAUUGAAGGACGAUACAGCCCGGCGAUUAGGCCCCAACGCGAAUGCCAUAGAUCUGAACCAGCCCGUGACGAGUGGGCUGGGUAUGAUCGAGAGUGUACACAGUCCCAGUACGGGACCUUACGGUGACAGUGAGUCGAAGGGCGUCAACAGCAUCCCCUUGGUCCACACUCAGAGCGUAGUGCUGACCGACAGCGAUCACGUACCGGCCACUAUCGACUGCGACGAUGUACAGCUAGCCAAGAGUGCCUCUGUACCGGCGGUGUCUAUGUACAACCCCUUUGACGAUACAAAGGCCUACAGGACGGGUGGUACGGAUUCACACCAGGCGCAGCUCGCACCCGUGACGUCGCCGUCGCCGUCCGGCCCGUUUCGAGCCUUGAGUGACGAGGGCGUGUACGCUGAGCAACUGUCGGGACGCAGUUCCGGGGUGACUUUUAAUGAAGUCAGCCUGUCGCCGAGAAGUGGCACCAAUCUGAGUGUUAAUGGGGUCAACGGGAGUGGGACUGGGGCUGGGGUUGGUACGGCGGCUUGGUACGAUGAUGGGAAACACGCGGAUCCACUGGGGGCAUUGCAGCCGCAAGACGUUAAUUGGGAUACAACCAGUAAUACGAGCAUCACGAGUAUCAAAAGCCUGCGACAGAAUCACACCGCGGAGAAGGAACCCAAGCGACACAAGAGGAGCAUAAGCUUGCUCGCGAGAGAGCUAGCACACCUUGCCUCGCCCAUAUCUAGCCGGAGGAGUGGUAAAGAAUCGGACGUCAUGUCGGGGGCCGGUAGUGCGUAUGACAGUGAAGACGGCAAUAGAGGCCGAACGCCACAGAAAGCGAGGUUAUCGAAUCGGAUGAGGCUGAAGAAGGCGGGUAGUGAGGUGGAGAUGCAUGUAAAGAAGAAUCCGAAACCCAAAACCAGCCGGUCCAAGGGCCGCGGUGAGAGGUGCACGCCCUCACCUGUUCCUUCCGGCGACGAAAAGGUGUCAAAUGGCGGUGCCGAGAUUGCAGCGCAGGCAGACCCAGCCACGCGCACACUUCCCAGAAAGACCCGAGCGUUGACGGGCGAGAACGGGUCGCGUACGGGUGUGGAGGGCAAUGACAGUGAGGAUGACUCACUGAUCCACUUUCUGUCACCAACGCUGAUGGAGAACGUGGGCGGGAUGAAGCCGUCGGCUGAUAUGAGAUGAGAUAUGGGCCCUUCAUCUGUUACCAAACUAAGCUAGGAUUACCACUCCCGGACCGAAAUAUAUAAGUGCAACACACAUCCAAGCUGCACGCCUUGAGCUCAGUCAAUAUGUAUGCUCGCAGUGAUUUUCCGUUUCUAUAGUUAAGGCUCAAGUACACACCGCUACUUGCUGUCUACACCCGAAACGGCAAUGAUGAGGGUGUUCUACUCUGUAGGUGGGCAGGUCAAUUGCAACACCAAUGUGUGUCAAGGGCGGUGCAAGUACUACCGCUGGAUAUAUAAACUCAAUAGAUAAAAUAAUACAGUAGAUACUCUCGUCAGUGUUCAGAGGUUGCGUAGCUUAUCGCAUCACUUAUGCGAGCGCUGG